UUGCCCUGGAAACCGUGGUUAGUUUGGAACCGAGAGAGGUAGUGCUGGUGUACCACGCCUCGGGUGUCGGGGUCAGCACAGGCUCUGCAGAGAACUCUCCUUGGUGACUGCUACGAGUCGAGGACAACCGCGACAAAGCAGGGCUGGAGAGAGGAGAGCUGAGUCGAGCCAGGAAGGGUGGGCGACGAGGAAGGGAAAUGGGUAGGCGCGUGAAGUGAAGGUGCCCUUGGCUGGAACACCGUGGUACAGACCAAGAGUAGAUACUUAAGGACAAAAGUAUGUGGGAUACGGCUGGUCCAACAUGGGGGACAAUGCAUUUGAACAGUCUUUGCAACAAAUGGUUUUGAAACAGUGAGCAACGUACAGAAACAAUGAAUGGUUCAUACACCUAGAUGUAAAACCUAGAACUAAAUUUUAUAUAAUGAAACAAAGAGUUUGUGGCGGAGUUAAGAUCCUAAAGUACCUAUAGUUUUAUAUUUCUACCAGCAGAAUAAUUGUUCCAGUCCGAAUGCACAGGAAAAAAAAAUCGGCAUUAUCUACAUAUUGCUUAACAACCUAUGAGAAACUGGAUAAUUAGACAAGUGUCACCCAGAACCAUCUUCUCAGCAUGCUUCAGAUCUCUCCAGAUGCAGUAAGCUGGGCCCCAGGACGCCCCAGCCACCCUGACACACCACCCAACAUCUAUGAGGGAGGGUUGGGGGCCCAGCAGCAGCAGCAGGGCCCCAGUGCCCAGGGAAGCAAGCCGAAGAACUUCCGACUUCGACACCUCCGGAGCUUGGCUCUCUACCUGCCAGGCCACAUGCAGCCUGCUGGCCAAUGUGGAAGCCACUGGCUAGGCCGGCUCAUGGCUGGGGGCAGCCUGACACGGCCUGAAGGCUCGCCCUGGCCCCCGGACCUGCCACAGGGGACCCUGGGUCCAGGUAACAGCCAUUGUUCAGCCCUUCUGGAAGCCCACCUGCCCAGGGACAGCCUGGGAAAUACAGCUUCCAGUUCCAGCAUGGACCCAGCCAAGGGUGUCCCCUCCCAGUCUGGUCCCCCCGAGGGCUUGGGACUCAGGCCCAAGAGGUCCUGGAGAGCCUUGGAGGAGACCAUGUGUCCCUUGUGCAAGAGAACCCGCUCUGGGGCCUUGGAGAGUUCAUAGGAGCCAAAGUGCCAGGGCUGGGGAACAAUAGGGGAAGGAUGGCCGAGGAGGAGGCCAGGGUUACUGAGGAAGGGUUCAGUCCCAGCAGCAGUCCUCCCCAUUGAGAUGGCCCCCAGUGUUGCCCAGCACGAGACCUGGGCUAGUCUGGGGAAAGCAUGAGGAGGGAGGGAGGAAGAACCAUGAGAGGGACAGAAGAAAUGGAAUGCCCAUGCCCUUGUAACCUGCCCAGACUCCGGUCAGCCACUUGUACCCGGGAGGUCAGGCCGAGCAGAGAAUCGGGUUCCUGAGAGGCGAGGAGUCUUCAGGUCUAAUCUCAGUAAAAGCCAAGGCCUGCA